UUGAAAUGUCACCAGAAUCCUUGCUAUGAUUUUAGAUAUGACACUCGAGUGCGACCAAUUAUCGAUCAUACGAAGACUUUGAAAGUUCACAUCAGCAUCUCGUUAUAUCAGAUUAUAGAAGUGGAUGAGCCUUCACAGAACAUCAAAUUAAACGUAUGGAUGAUUCAAAAAUGGAAAGACGAGUAUCUGACCUGGGAUCCACGUGAUUACGGCAUGAUAAAUUCGACGAUCAUUCCGUACAAGUAUCUAUGGAUUCCGGACACUUAUUUGUAUAACAGCGUAAAGAUGAGCCGCGACGAAACCGAACGGUACAUGAAUAUCCAGGUAGAAUCAAAUCACUGGAAGGGCGAAAAUGGCUCACAAAUGUCUUUCCUAUACCCGGCUAUAUACACGAUCACCUGCAGGUUGAACAUUAGGUUCUUCCCUUAUGAUCGACAGAACUGUACCUUGACAAUAUCAAGCUGGACCAACUCGAAGUCCGCAUUAGACUACUAUGCAGAUCCGGAAGUAAAUCUUGCUUCGUUUAUUCCCAACGAGGAAUGGGACGUCAAAUCUUUCAAAAUCUUCCGACAUGAGUACAAAUACGCCUGCUGUGCGGAACCAUGGGUGAUUCUUCAAGCUUCCCUCGUAAUCCAGAGAAAGCCUUUGUAUUACAUUGUAAAUCUGAUUAUUCCUACAUCCAUUAUAACUAUAGUUUCUAUCACUGGCUUUUUUACACCAGCUUCGACGGAUGACGAUAGAACAGAGAAAAUCAACUUAGGAAUCACCACACUGUUGGCCAUGUCCAUCUUAAUGUUAAUGGUGUCGGAUCAAAUGCCUACAACAAGCGAAUUCGUUCCAUUGAUAGCAUGGUUUUAUCUAUCUAUCAUCAUUAUCGUAUCUAUUGGGACUUUUCUUACCAGUGUGGUGUUAUCCGUCCAAAGUCGGCGGCAGUAUGGACGAAACCCACCUCUUUAUGUGCGCUACUAUUUCUUUGUAAUAAUACCUUCAUUCCUCUACGUUAGCGUUCCACCAGCACUUGAAAAACUAUGGUCUGAGUUGGAUGACGAUCCG